CGGCCUACAGUGGAAGAUGGUACUGACCGGGUGCAGCUGGCUUGUCCUUGGUGCCGCAUUCCUGCUUGCGGUGGCAGCGGAGAUCUCCAUCACUCCCGAGCCUGCCCAGCUGGCCGAGGGGGACAACGUGACACUGCUUGUCCGCGGGCUCUCUGGGGAAGAGCUGGCCUACAGCUGGUACGCGGGGCCCACGCUCAGCCUGUCCUACCUGGUGGCCAGCUACAUCGUGAGCACGGGUGACGAGACCCCCGGCCCAGCCCACACAGGGCGGGAGGCUGUGCGCCCCGAUGGCGGCCUGGACAUCCAGGGUCUCCUGCCCGGGCAUUCGGGCACCUACAUCCUGCAGACUCUCAACAGGCAGCUGCAGACCGAGGUGGGCUACGGACACAUGCAGGUCUAUGAGAUCCUGGCGCAGCCCACGGUGACGGCCAACAGCACGGAGCUGGUGGAGAGGCGCGACACCCUGCGCCUGCUGUGCAGUAGCCCCAGCCUCGCGGAGGUCCGCUGGUUCUUCAACGGCGACGCCCUGCCGGUGGCCCUUCGCCUCGGCCUGUCCCCAGACGGCCGCACGCUGACCCGGCGUGGCGUGCGCAGGGAGGAGGCGGGGGCCUAUCAGUGCGAGGUGCGGAACCCGGUCAGUGCAAGUCGCAGCGAGCCCCUCAACCUGACCGUGUACUUCGGCCCAGAGCGCGUGGCCAUCCUCCAGGACUCCACCACCCGCACCGGCUGCACCAUCAAAGUUGACUUCAACGCGUCCCUCACCCUGUGGUGCGUGUCCCGCUCAUGCCCAGAGCCCGAGUACGUGUGGGCCUUCAACGGGCGGGCCCUGGAGAAUGGCCGAGACCACCUCAACAUCAGUGGCAUGGCAGCUGCCCAGGAGGGCACAUACACAUGCAUUGCUAAGAACCCCAAGACCCUGCUGUCUGGCUCUGCUUCAGUGGUGGUCAAGCUCUCUGCGGCAGCCGUCUCCAUGAUGAUCGUGCCCGUGCCUGCCAAGCCCGUGGAGGGCCAGGACGUGACCCUGACAGUCCAGGGCUACCCCCGGGACCUGCUGGUCUACGCCUGGUACCGAGGGCCGGCCUCUGAGCCCAACCGGCUGCUGAGCCAGCUGCCAUCUGGGAACUGGAUCGCGGGCCCAGCACACACCGGCCGGGAGGUGGGCUUUGCCAACUGCUCGCUGCUGGUGCAGAAGCUGAACCUCACUGAUGCCGGCCGAUACAUGCUCAAGACCGUGACGCUGCAGGGCAAGACCGACACGCUGGAGCUGGAGCUGCAGGUGGCCCCGCUGGAGUAGCAGUGAAGCCGCCUCUGAGACCUCCGGAGAGAAC